AUGGCUGAGUACAAGCUAGAGGUGACAACAGGCGAAAUGCCAUAUGCAGGAACAUGGGAUCAUGUAUUUAUCACCUUAUUUGGAAAUGAAGGACAGAGUGAGCGAAUUGAGUUGGACAACUAUGGCCCUGACUUCACAAAAGCAGCAGUAAGAACCUACAUCAUAAAAACCUGUUCAUCCCUGGGGAAACUUCUGCUGGUCAAGGUGGAGAAAGAUCCCUAUUUGGUUCUCUCAGAGGAUGCAUGGUACUGCUCCAAAAUAGUGAUGACGACUCCAGAGGAAGAUGUCAUUCUCUUCCCCUGUUACAGAUGGAUCUCCAGGGGAGAACUGGUGGAGCUGAGAGGAGGGAGAGCCAUGAAGGUUUUUGAGGAGGACCAUCCCCUGUUGACUGACCACCGGAAAAGAGAGUUAACACUUAAAAAGAACUUGUACCAAUGGAAGAUCAUGGCUGAAGGACUACCCCACAUCAACAGUUUCAAUAAUGAGUCUGAGCUCCCAGAUGAAAUCCGCUACUCUGACUCCAAAUCAAACGAAACACUUAAUACGGAAAUGAUAAUUGGUGUUGAACUCAAGCUUAAGGGUCUGUACGGCUCAGUGGAAAAAUGGAAAAGCAUUGAAGACAUGAAACAAAUCUUCUGGUACAAAAAGACAACAAUUUCAGAGUAUGUUACAGAGCACUGGAUGGAAGACGACUUUUAUGGAUACCAGUUUCUGAACGGAAUCAACCCCAAUGUGAUCAAGAAAUGCUCAGAGCUUCCCCCAAACUUUCUAGUCACAGAGGAGAUGGUGAGGCCGUUUCUGGAAGAGGAUAGCUCUCUGGAGGAAGAAAUGGAGGACGGCAAGAUAUUCCUCUAUGACCAAAAGAAGAUGGAUGGAAUACCUGCUAGAGACUACAAUGGUGAACCUCUGGAUGUGACCGCUGGUCUCUGUCUGUUCUACUUGAACCCAGAAGACAAACUGAUGCCAAUUGCAAUACAGCUGCAUCAACAGCCCUCUGAGGAUAAUCCCAUCUUUCUGCCCAGUGACCCAGAGACGGACUGGCUGCUAGCCAAGAUGUUUAUCAAAAAUGCAGAUUUCAUAGAUCAUGAAGCGGUCCAUCACCUCAUGAGCACUCACUUUCUGGCAGAGGUCUAUACUAUGGCCACUCUUCGCUGCUUCCCUGUGAUUCAUCCCCUCUACAAGCUGUUGAUCCCACACUUCCGGUACACUAUCUACAUAAACACUGGAGGCCGUGAAUCUCUUUUUGGAAAGAAUGGGGUUCUAAGAAUAAGUUCACUUGGAUAUGAUGGGAUGAUUGAGCUCAUGAGAAGGGCUCUCUCUGAAAUGACCUACAGCUCCCUCUGUCUGCCAGAGAACAUCACUGCACGAGGACUGGAGUCAAUCCCCAACUUCUACUACAGAGAUGACGGACUGAAGUUGUGGAACAUCAUCAACAGCUUUGUGACGGCAAUAGUGGAGUACUAUUAUCCCUCAGACAGUGAUGUCCAAAAGGACACUGAGCUGCAAGAAUGGAUCAAUGAGAUAUUCACCCAUGCCUUCUUGAGAAACACAGCCUCUGGGUUUCCAGGAUGCUUUCAUACUGUGGAGGAAGUGAUCAAAUUCAUCACCAUGGUGAUCUUCACAGUGACAGCUCAGCAUGCUGCCGUCAAUAAUGGACAGUUUGACUACAACUCCUGGGUGCCCAAUGGCUCACUCCUGCUGCACCAACCUCCUCCGACCACUAAGGGGGAGUCAAGCAUGGAGACAAUUUUGGAGACCCUCCCAAAUGUUGGAGAAAGUGUCAACUUUGCAGCAAUGACACAGAUGCUGUCAGAAAAAUACACUGAUGUUGUUCCCUUGGGUGCAUACCCCGAAGAACGAUUCGAUGAGCCUGCUCCUAAGCAGAUGAUCAAGGAUUUUCAAGAAGAGUUGUCCUGCCUCAGUGAAGAAAUUACAUCAAGGAACUCUGAGCUUAAAGUGCCCUACACAUAUCUGAACCCUACUGAGAUAGAGAACAGUAUAACUAUUUAA